CCCACGCUUAGCGACGUUUUCCUCAUCACCGAUUUCCAACAUCUCCUUCACUGUGUUCUUUUCUCUGACGGCAUAUUUCUAUUUCUGUGCAAUGACCGAAGAUCCAGGUUUCGUUCCGAAGAUGAACAGCAGGAAUUCACAACGAGCUGUAGUCACCGAACUAUUCGAGCAGUGGAAAUUUGACGAAGAGAAUUUCUGCGUCUCGUGUAUGGUUCGAAAGCCUUUGCGAAGCAAGCAUUGUAAGCGCUGUGGGCGAUGCGUCGCAAAGCAUGAUCAUCAUUGUCCAUGGAUCGACAACUGUGUUGGCGCGAACAAUCUGCGGCACUUCGUCUCGUAUAUUGUUUGCUUAGAAAUCGAUAUCAACGUUCUUCCAGCUCCUGUGAAUCCACAGUGCAAUGUCAUAAAUGAUGCAUUGUGUGAUCUUCUACUCCGUGAUACAUUUACCCUAGUCCUCGAUAUAUGGGUGGUCAUUCAGCUGGUCUGGAUAACUAUGCUCUGUGCUGUUCAGCUUGUCCAAAUCUCCCGAAACCAGACGACUUACGAAAACAUGAGGGGCCAUUCGAUUGAUCGGAGUUAUCCCAGCUCACGAGCAUUCGCCUCGGCUGUGACAGCAGGUACGACAUCAUUAGAUGCAGCCGGCCUCUCUUCGGCCGGUCAAGGUCCCAACCCGGCUCUAGCGCAAAAUGUUUCACAUAGGCAUCAAAGGAAUGGCUGCCUGCAACAAUGGUCCUCUCUUCUGGGAAUCGAUACAUUCUUUGCAACAGCCCGGGACGGGUUACGGGACGGCCCACGCACUGCCCGGCCAAAGAAUCCCUUUUCCCGUGGCAUUGUUGGUAACUGUCAGGAUUUCUGGUGCGACCCUGCUCCCUACUUCGGACGACGAGAGCCAGGUUCUGCCAUGCUCGGUGGUGAAGUUAUCAAUUACAACCGAAUGUAUGAGGUUCCAUUGCGUAUGCACAGCGGCGGAAACUAUCGUAGCCUGGCUGACAAUGACCUGGAGCAAAAUGCUUAAACUAUCUUGCUCUCUUAACGACUUCAGAGCCGUUGAAUCAGAAACCAGACACUAUGAUAGUCUCAUACUCGGGGGGGGGGAUUGGUUGUUGCAGAUU